CCCCUGCUGUGUUUUACGCUUGAAGCGGAGAGUGUGAGUGGAGGAAAGAGGGCAGCUUGAGGGCAACUUUUCGAGAGGAACAUCACCAAAAUAUCUUCGCGUGCUGAUCGAAAAUGGCUCAGAUAACGAGCGAAGGGGCCGAACAAGACUCUCAGCCGACGUCGGACCAAAACGGCACCGGUGAAACAGCAGAAACCGGCACAGAGGAACAGGCCGUGCCGGACCCCAAACAGGAACCGGGCGACAACAACGAGAACAGAGCAGGAAUGGACGUGAACAGUGGUCGUGGUGCGUCGGAGGAGCACGGGGACGACCCGUCUCUUGUUCCCGACGCCGACAAGGAAACCGCUUCCCCAGCCGAAAAAGCAGACAACGAUGCGGGGGAACCCGGUGUUAAACUCUCUGAACCGGGGAAAAGUCCCGUUCAGGGGAGUUUGGCGAGUAGCAUUGAUUCCGCUCAAGAGGGCUCCCGGGUGCUGAAACAAGAACAAAGAGAGGGGGAGAACGUGUCCUCCUCUCUGCCCACCGACCGCACAAAGACCGCGGAGAGAGCCGAGCACGGCACCAAGAGACGGGCCAGCGUGGAGCUCACCUCGUCGGAUGGAGAGCCGCUCAGCCGGAUGGAUUCAGAGGACAGUAUCAGCAGCACCCUGAUGGACAUGGAGAGCACGGCGUCCAGCGGUCGCUCCACCCCGGCCAUGCUCAACGGUCACAGCGGGGGCGCGGUGUCUGGGGGAGGCUCGGCGCCGGCGGGGGGGAAGUCUCUGAGCUAUACGUGCUGCUGGGAUCACUGCCAGCUGCUGUUCCCCAGCAGCCCCGACCUGGCCGAGCACAUCAGAGCCACACAUGUGGACGGACAGAGAGGAGGGGUGUUUGUGUGUCUGUGGAAGGGCUGCAAAGUGUACAACACACCAUCAACCAGUCAGAGCUGGCUGCAGAGACACAUGCUGACCCACAGCGGCGACAAACCAUUCAAGUGUGUGGUGGGGGGCUGCAACGCCACGUUUGCCUCUCAGGGGGGGCUGGCACGUCACGUCCCCACUCACUUCAGCUCGCAGAGUUCAUCCAAGGUAUCCAGUCAGGGCAAAGUGAAGGAGGAGUCUCCGUCCAAGGCCGGCCUCAACAAGAGGAGGAAACUCAAGAACAAGCACAGACGCUCACUCCCCCGACCUCAUGACUUCUUCGAUGCUCAGACCAUGGACGCCAUCCGCCAUCGAGCCAUCUGCCUCAACCUGGCAACACACAUCGAGAGCCUGGGCAAUGGACACAGUGUGGUCUUCCACAGCACGGUAAUAGCCAGGAGGAGAGAGGACUCUGGGAAAGUCAAGGUCCUGUUGCACUGGACACCUGAAGACAUACUGCCAGAUGUGUGGGUGAAUGAGAGUGACAGACUGCAGCAGAAGACCAAGGUGGUUCAUCUGUCGAAGCUGCCCACAGACACAGCUGUACUCCUCGACCCCAACAUUUACAGGAUGUUCUUCUAACACCUCAAGAGAAGCUCCACUGUCACUUCCUGCUAAUCAGACCCUGAGACGGAGGCUGUCUCCUCGUCUCUUCGUCUACACUCCA